ACAGUAGGUGUCAGUAUGGCGGCUGGUUUGGAGGCCGAUAUCAAACGAAGAAGAAGAGGAAGCCCACUACCCGCCAAUUUUGAGCGAUGUAAACAGUAUCAGCCUCUUUCUGUCUCUGCUAUGAAGAAUAAUUUAAACAUUGCGAACAUUUCUUUGUCAGCAAUGAAUUCCGGUGGAAAAGGCUCUGCCGAUUCAUCCCAACUUGCUGUCAGCAGUGACAGCGAUUGCAUCAAAGUUUUUGUGCGAGUGAGACCUGUGACCCAGGGUACUGGGCUGACCACAGAUGGAGAUCAGAGUAUGUGUCUCACAGUCACCUCAUCCAACACCAUCCGUCUGCUCUCAAAACCAGAGCCACGAACCUUCACCUAUGAUCAUGUUGCUGACAUGGACACAUCUCAGGACUCUGUAUUCUCCAGUGUGGCCAAGAAUAUUGUUGAGUCUUGCAUGAAUGGAUAUAACGGAACUAUAUUUGCCUAUGGACAAACGGGCUCAGGGAAAACCUUCACCAUGCUUGGUCCAUCUGAGUUGGAUAACUUCACGGAUGAACUGAGGGGGGUUAUUCCUCGAAGUUUUGAAUACCUAUUUUUUCUCAUCAACAGAGAGGUGGAAAGGUCUGGCCAGUCCAAGAGCUUCCUUUGCAAAUGUUCAUUUAUUGAGAUAUACAAUGAACAAAUUUAUGACCUUCUGGACACAGCCUCAGCCAGCCUUUUCCUCAGGGAGAACAUCAAGAAAGGUUUAUUUGUUGAGGGAGCUGUGGAGAAGUUCGUCAACUCAGCAGCUGAAGCCUACCAGGUUCUGUCUAUGGGCUGGCGUAAUCGACGAGUUGCCUCCACCUCCAUGAACCGUGAGUCUUCUAGAUCUCAUGCUGUGUUCACCAUGACUUUGGAGUCCAAAGAGUCCAUCAAUGAAGUGGUGAACAUCCGAACAUCUCAGCUGAACCUGGUAGAUCUGGCUGGCUCUGAGAGGCAGAAAGACACAAACACAGAAGGCUCCAGACUCAAGGAGGCCAGCAGUAUCAAUCGCUCCCUGAUGUGCCUUGGUCAGGUGAUCAUGGCACUGGUUGAUGUGUCCAAUGGGAAGAACCGCCACAUCUGCUACAGGGAUUCUAAACUCACCUUCUUGCUAAGGGACUCUCUUGGAGGAAACGCAAAGACUUACAUCAUAGCCAAUGUACACCCUGGUUCAAAGUGUUUUGGAGAAACGCUGUCCACCCUGCAGUUCGCUCAGAGAGCAAAGUUAAUCAAGAAUAAGGCCAUUAUCAAUGAAGACACACAGGGAAAUGUGAGGCAGUUACAAGCUGAGGUGAAGAAGCUGAAGGAGCAGCUUUCACAGGCACUGGCUUCUCAAGCAGUGGACUAUGGGAGAGAUAUGGCGCCAGGCGGACCUGAACUCCCUACGGGUAAUGGUCCAUCCAACGAAAUUCAACAUAAUGUCUCAUAUAAAGCAAAGUUUAUGGCUGCUGUUCGUCUGUGGAAGAAGCGAGAAGAGGAGAAGAGGAUGCUGCUCCAGAAGGUGGCUCAGCUUGAGGAAGCCUGGACCCAGAAAGACAAGUUCAUCCAUUCCAGCCGAAUGAUUGUCAGGUUUCGAGAGGACCACAUAUCUCGCCUUGAGAGGAAAUUGAAGGAAGGACAAGGAUUACUGUCAGACAAGGAGUCUCAGGCUCUGAUUGACCAGCUGAAAGAAGAGAUAAAGAUCUUGAGAGAUCAGGUUGAACAUCACCCAAAGAUGACCCGAUAUGCAGCAGAGAACUUCAGUCUCAGACAAGAGAACCGUCAGCUCCGUUCUCUUGAAUCAGUGGUGAAAUCUGAAGAGGCUGCAGCCACAGUUGCUGCUGAGCUGGAUGAGGCCUUCCAGAGGGCCAUGGAGACAGAAAGACUCACAGAGACUCCAGCAGCCUCUUCAACCUCUGUGACUGCAGACGCUGUCUCGGCAGCUACAACUGAAAAGCUGAAGGCUCAGCUGCUUCAGAAACAGUCCGACCUCGCAGCCGCCCUUCAUGCCUUUGAGGAGUACAAAGAAGUAACCAAGAAACAGAUGUCUCAGCUUGAGUCUGAGAAAAGAUACCUUGACAAGUCCAACAGGCAUUUGGAAAACAUUUUGGAAGCCACAAACACUUACAAAACACAGGAGGUCUGUGAGCUGAACAGAAUUCACGUUGAAACUAUUAAGAUUCUCACCACGCCCACCAAAGCAUACAACUUGCGGUCCCGUAUCGUGCCUCUCUCUAGCCCAGACCACCUGAAUGGGACAGAUGAUAAUGCAGACGAUAUUUGGGAUGAGCAGCCUCCUUCAGACAUGACCGAGAUGGCCUUGACUGAGGAACUGCGUCAAGUGCAGGAGCAAACUAGUCGUGUCCAGACACAACUGAAUGAGGAGGAGCUAAAGAACAGCAAGCUGUUGCAGCAAAUUGCCAAACUUGAGGAGCAGAUCGCUGUGAUAUCACAAGAAUGUGCCCACAAGGAUGAGCUGCUGUCUACUGAGCGAGCUUACAAGAACAAAGAUCAGCUCAACCUGCAACAAACUGUCAGCGAGCUGCAACAGAGCCUUCAGUCUGAACAGCAAACUGCAGAAGUGCUGAGGAGUGAGAUCCGUGAUCUACGCCUGGUGCUGCAGUCAUCCGAUAAGGAGCUGGCCACCGCAAAGAACGAGCUAAGAGACGGCCAGAGUGAGCAGCAGCGAGAGAUGAGUGAGCUCUCCAACAGUCUCAUCAGCACACAGCUUCAACUUGACAAAGUCCAGCUCGAGUGGGAGCAGCUUCUGGAGCAGCAUCGGACACUGCAGGAUUCAUUUGACCAGCUGCAAGCCGAGGCCAAGUUUGAGGCUGAUCAGGCAGGACAACAGCUGCAGGACAGGCAGCAGGAGAUUGAUAAACUGAAAGCACAGCUCACGGAAUUGAGUAAUUCUUUACGGACUGAGCAGGAGCACACAAGCACCCUGAUCUCCCAGUUAAGAGAAAACAAAGAAAAUACAUCAAAAGAACUUAUUGAAGUUGUGGAGCAGAAUACACAGCUUAAGAAACAAGUCUCAGACCUGACAGUUCAAAAUCAGCAACAGGCAUCCAAAAUUGUUGAUCUUGAGCAAAAUCUAAACUCUGCCAAUGAAAUGAUAAAAGGCUUGGAGCAGAAGAUUGAACAGGACAAAGACGUUGUUUUAGAUCUGAUUAACCAAACCAGAGACCUCCGCUGUGAGCUGAGCCAGAAGGACCAGACCAUUACCCACCUGUCUGAAGACAUCAAAGACAUCACAGCCAAGUACAAUACUGCCUGCCUUGAAAGGGAGGAUAUCAGGGAGCAGUACUCUAAGUUGCAGACUGAAAUCUGUGACCUGAAAGAAACUUUGGACCGGUGUUUAGCAUCCAACAAGAUAGAGGUGGAGGUGUUGCAGGAGGAGGUUGUUUAUGCCACUGAGGAGGUUGAGAGACUCACUAAGGUCUUAGAUGAGCAGAACAGCCUGCUCCAAGCAUCUCAGGAGCAAACCGCCAAGAAGGACGUCAUGAUACAGAAUUUACAGCAGAAGGUGCAACAACAGCAAGAAGCUGUUGAAAAAACUAUCCGAAAUGGCAAUUUCAAACCUUUUGUUGAGCCGACAUUUACACCUAAAUCAUUACCUCGGACACCCUGCACUCCAGGAAGCUUCAACAGGGAUCUGACCCAGGUGCUAGAGAGCCAGGAGAGAGAGCUGGAGAAUCGCCGCUCCUCCAUGAUGACCAUGGAGAUUCUAUUGAGUGAGCUGAAUGCGGAGAGGGCUGCCAAGAACGAGGAGAUCCAAAGGCUUAAGAUGCAGCUGACUGAGAAAGAGAUGGUCCGAAUGGAGAUCCAGGCUUUACUUGACCAGUUUUACACCAAGCAGACCCAGAAUGGAAAUAAUAAUGGUGAGGAGUUGAAUGAUGCCCUUAAGCAGUCUGUACUUAAAGAGCUACAAGAGGAGAGAGCAGAGAAGAGCAAAGUCAUGCAGAAGCUGUCUGACACCCAAAAAAGACUGCAGGCACAGGAGUCUAUGGUGGCCCAGUCUCAAACCUGUGUUCAGGAGCUGACCAAUGAGCUGAGGAACCGCUGUCUAGAGUUGAGGGAGCUGAACCACCGGAUACAGGAUGAGGAGAAACUGCUCCAGGAAAACGAUGUUCUCCGUAAGCAGAACAUUCAGCUGUCUGAGGAGAAUGGCAAACUUGUGGGGCAUAGGAACCACAAACAGAGGAUUGAAUAUCUGGUGAAGCUGAAAAAGGAAAACACCAAGCUUCAAGAGGAAAAUGAAAAGCUCAGAACGGAGAUGGGCUUAAUGCGAGACCACAUUGGAUGUCCGCCACUGGAGAUGACUUAAAUUUUUAGGUUUAAAAUCCUUUGAAUGAAGGUGAACUUGCAUCUUUCCCAGUGAAAAGAAAUGUUUAUUUUAUAUUUUUACCUACUACUAUUAAUUUGGUUCACUCUAUUAAUGGUUUCAAGUACAAAGGCAUUGUGAUUCAUGUUUUUUUGUUCUUUUUUCAUUCAGGGAAUGUGCUGUAAUGAUUUUGCUUAUAUUAUAACACCUCCUACAGUUUUUUACGUGGAGGCUUACUGUACCUUUACCUCUGCUAUUACAGCAGCAUGGCCAGACCAGCUGUGACAUAACUUCCAUUAGUCAUCUUUUCUUGUUAGUUUGCUCUGGGUGUACAUUAGUACACCUAGUCACAUUGUUCUCAGACCACAAAGCUGAAUAAUACCUUAAUGUGAAAACUGUGUUUUAGGUGCUUAUGUCUGGUGCUGUGAUUGUUGACUGAUCAUCUGAGAUCUAUCCAUGGCAUAUGAUUUGAUGUAUUUUUCCCAUCAUACUGGGGUAUAUGUCUUUUUUUUUUAGCAUAAUGAAAAUAAUGUCAUUUUUAUUAUUCUUUUUACCUCUAGUAAAUUUUAAUCUUCA